GAAAUAAAUAACACAGAUCGAUUCAGCGGAUCAAUACGAGUCAUUUGAUGCCCUAUAAAGGACUAUCCUAUCAAAAAGCCGUUAACGGUGCAACAAAGAUAAAAUUAGCAGCGCCAAAACAGAAAUAUUUAGAGAGUAUUUUAGGAGCGACCUAUUCUGGAGAUAUUGCAUUAUUUGAGGUGUUUAGUGCGCUCUUUUCACGUCUACAUGAGCCUUCAUGGACCAUUGUCUUUAAAAGCCUUAUUGUUAUUCAUAUUAUGAUUCGUGAUGGAUCUAAGGAUAUAACACUGCGAUAUUUGUCUAACAAUAUGAGAUAUUUUUCAGUCAAGGAGCUAUUUGGAGAUCCUAGCUUUUUAUCAUAUGAUUCAGGGGGUCUUUUAUUUCUAGGGGAGUUGGCAAUAUCUCAACAAAGUAAAAAUAUUCAAAACUAUGGUCUUUAUCUACAGGAAAGAAUACAAGGUUUUAAGGAUGUACAAGUAGAUUAUGUUUAUGCAAAAAGCAACAAAAUGGUGGAAGGAAGAUUACGUCGAUUAACAGUAGCAAAAGGACUUCUUCGGGAAGUAGAAAUUGUUCAGAGACAAAUUGAUGCAUUACUUUGUUGCAAGCUUUUGGAAGAUGGUUUAACAAAUGAUAUAACUAUUGCAGGAUUUAGAUUACUAAUAAGAGAUCUUUUAUCUCUGUUUCAAGUAAUUAAUGAAGGAGUAAUUAAUGUUCUUGAACAUUAUUUUGAAAUGUCAAAAUAUGAUGCAGAAAAGGCACUUGAAAUAUACAAAAAGUUUGUUAAACAGACUGUAAGUGUUUCGGAUUAUUUGUCAUUUGCAUGUAGGAUGGAAACUUUGACAUGUAUAGAGGUUCCAAAUAUUAAACAUGCACCUGUAGGCCUUUCUCGUGCACUGCAAGAGUAUUUGGAUGAUAAAAACUUUGAGAAAAAUAGGCUUCAAUAUAUUGAAAGUAAAAAUGCUCUUGAUCCCAAUAAAAAAAAGACGAAUUUGACUGUUCAAUCUACUAAAACUUCUUCAAAAAAAAAGACUACAAAUGCUCAAUCUUUAUCAGGAAAUACUCAAAAGCAAAAUUUAAACAAUAUUAAUCUAAUCGACUUUUUUUCAAGUAUUGAGAAUGAGCAAGCUUUUAUGUUUCCGAAUACUCCUGGGAAGAAUAUGGCUUAUAAGCCUUCAAAUUUUUCAGGAAUUCAACCAACACAACCGAUACAAACGGUCGUUGAUUCUGCUCCAACAGAACAAUCAAUACCUUCAUUUCCUCAAAAUGUGCCACCGCAAAUGCAACCACAAGCACGAAUACCUUAUGGGCUAUCCAAUCAGUAUUCCUCAGCUUUUCACCCUAAUAAUGUACCUUAUCAAUCUACUCAACCAAUUAUUCAGAAUCCAGAAUCGUUUCAACCAUCUUUUCCCAUAAAUCAAAAACAGGAUUAUAAUUCUAUCUAUCCUACACAAGCUAAUUUAUCUGGUUCUGGAUAUAAUAUAUAUCAUACGCAGUCGAAUGUUCUUCCAUUCAAUCAACCACCUCAUUUUAAUCAAGUCAUCCCGCCACCAGUUUUAGAAAUGAACAAUUCUAGUAUUAAUCACACAAAUCCCUUUCAUCGACCUCCUCUGUCUAUGAAUACUGAGUUUGAGCAUCAAAGAACUCUUCUAGCAAAUCAAUUUCCACCUCCUACGAAUCCAUUUUCGAAAAGUUUUGACAAUAUAACAACACCUUUUAUAGAUCCUAAAACACAGACUAUUCGACAAAAUGCUUCUACUCUUCCUUUUGCUCAAAAACCAAGGACAAAUCCAUUUUCCAAUGACAAUUUCCCCUCACAACAUGGAAAAUAACAUAUAAACUUUUUCCCUUCAAGCAAAAGACACAUUGAGACUCUUA